AAUUAUAUGAUUAUGUUUUAAAACGGGGCGAAACCACUCGGCCCGAAACCUCUCAGUGCGAACACGUGAUGGGAGCGAAACCACCCGUUACAAUUUCUAGAACUUAGUAGAAGCACAUGCUAGAGCUGAAAGGCGCGAACUGCGACGAAGUGAAGAUCAAGAUGUCAACGAUGCUGAAAAUAAAAGACAUUAAAGACAAAGAAGUGAAAGAUCUCAUUCUGCCACCAUCCCCUUCAGUGCGAGGGGUAGUGCUUGAAGUCAGUGACAUUGAAAAAGCAGAAAAUUCACAAUACAAAGAUAAAUUCUAUGCAAUUAUUGCUGAUGAAACCGCAGCGAUAUCAGUAACAAUCUAUGAUGUACAGAAACAAAACAAAUUUAUUAAGGGAAUGGCUGUAGUUCUGAUGAACAUUCUUACGAAGCAAAAUUUUAUAGCUGUUACAAGCAAAACAGAUGUAGGCAUUUGCAGACCAUUUACUAUUCCUGAUGAUAUCAGGCUUCAUGCUCCAACCCUUGCUGGACAAACAAUGACCUUAAAGAAUGCACUUGCUUCACCUGUAAAAACGCUGCUUACCGUAAAGGGAAAAGUUGUUAAGCUGUCACCAGCAAGCAAGAAAAGGGUAGAACAAAACGAGGUAGAUUUCCAAGAGGUCAUGUUGAAAGAUACAGACAGCCACGCAACAGUUGCAGUGUGGGACAAGAUGGUGAAUACACUACAAAAGGGAGAAUGUGUGACCAUUACAAAGUGCAGGGUCCGUUUGUUUAAUGAGCAGAAACGCCUUACCACUACAAGAUCAUCCCAAUGUGAGAAACUUGCAUAUGAUGAAACUCUUCUGCUGGUGUCUGACGAUGAAGAUGAUGAUGUGGACAAUAAUGGAAAUUGGAGUAACACCCCCAUUUCUGAUUUCAAGAGUGGAACCAUCACCGCAGUGUUCGAUGUCGAUCCAUACCUAGCACACCUCACAGCCUUAUUAGCAUAAUCGGAACCUUUCUGGUUUUUAUAUUAACGAAAGAAUGAAAAAACCCGAGAAUGUCAAAACUUCGUAUAUCUCGGGAUUUUAGCGAGACCAGUCUCAUACUCGUGAAAAUCGAGAGAGGAGUUUAAAUGGAAAAAGUAAGUAAAAGUUUUUGUUUCUUAUAUUGGCAAGCUUUUAAAUUAUUUAAAGUUGCAGAACAAUUGUUUAUUAAUGUGAAGUCGAAGUUUGGGGUGAUUAGCCUUAUCUCGUUAAAUUUUGUUCAGCAUGAAACAGUCUGAACAGCAAUCCUCGAUUUUGUCAACAAUCUAAAACGUGCUAAGGAGUAGUCAUUCGUCGAUUUACCUGCGGCUUCCAGAUGAUCUGAAGAUCAGGAAUAUAGAAAAUAUUGUCAAUUUGAUAUUGCUGAUGAUCCAGUCAAGUCUGCUGAAGCCCAGAAGUUUCCAGACCAUGACAUUAAUGAAUAUUUCUUGAAUGGAAUGCAUGAGGAUUAGAAUGGAACCUUAUUCUGCCUUUUUACCAACUCACACCAUCUUUUCAAGAUUUAUGGAGCCAACCACAGAAGAAUUUGUUCUAUACACAUCAUUCAUAACAUUCUUAUUUAUGUUGCAUAACUUUAAAUGUUACUGGAUGAAUUGUGUUCACAUAAUGAAUACCAGCAAACUUUUUAUCGAGUGCACUUAUUUUGUAUUUUUCCUACCCAUCCAUCUAACAUAUGUUUUUAUAUAACAUAUUCAUAUACAUGUAACAUUUUUGGAAGCAGCUAUUUUUUUUAAAUUGGAAUUUAGGCUUACUAUUUUAUACAAGUUUUUUUUAAAGGGACUUGGACACGUUUUUAGAUCAAAAUUUUGUUUUCAAUUUCUUUAUGCAUCAAAUGAUUUACUUGCACAUUUUGAAUAAUUGACCAUAAUUUGAAUGUUAGAAGUCACGUUAUAAGAGAGAUACAGGGGUAAGAAUUUAUUGUUAUGUAAACAAAGCUCGAGUCUUAUGUUUGUUUACAAAUAAUAUAAAGUAUGAAAGUACCACUUGUUUAAGAAAAUAAUUCAUAGAAAAGAAGGUAAACUGAUUCGAUGUGAUCAUAAAUGAUAUUAUUAAUAGAAAAAAGCAUCAUUUGAAUGAAACUUACACAUCUGUAAACAAUAACAAGACUCGCGCUUUGUUUGCAAAACAAAGAAUAUUUAAUUCUUUAUCUUUUAACUCAGUAUUUGACUUUCAAAUUUUGACAAAGCAUUAAAAAUACCCAUAUCAACCAUUCUAAAUAUUAAAAAUGGAAAUAUAAAAUUUUGAAUUUUAAGCUUAAAUCGUGUCUAAGUCCCUUUAAUAUACUCUUUUGUAUACAAACAGAACAAAAAUACUUAGUUACAAUGGGAAAUGGACAUAAUAUAUAUAAAAGUGUCUGAUAAAAGUAUAGGUCUUGUUCAUGAGCAGAAGAAAUUGACAGAAAAAUAUUCAGUUUUAGCCAUGAAAUACAAAUAUUAAUAUUUUUUAAGAAUAUUAUUUAAUCUAAAUAAGUUAUAAAAGUUUUUUUCCACUUUAUUCCAAUGUUUGGAAACAAAUCCAAUAUAUAAUUAAAAUUGCUGUACAGUAUAUCCUAUUGAUUCCUAUAAUAUAUCACUUUAGUUUCUUGAACAGCAUGUUUAUUACUUUUUUUUCUUAAAAUGAUGUAUACAAGGUCAUUAAUUUAUUUUCAUUAUAUUCAACUAGAUACAAAUAGACCUUCUGCAACCUUUUCAUUGUUUACAUGGUAUGGAGUUUUAAUUACCUUUCAUAUGAAAAAUGACAUCUAAAUCUUAAAUUGCUGUACAUUAUAUCCUAUCCAUCUAAUGGAUCACUUUAUUUAUGUUGAACUUCGUGUCUAUUAGUAUUAUGAUUUUUUUUUUAGAAUGAUAUGCAAUUUCAUUAAUUUAUUUUUCAUUUUAAGAAAAUUCAUUUUAAAAAAGAUCUCUUACAACCUGUGUAUUUUUUUUUUUUGAUUGUAGUUGUGUAGAUUUAUACAUGUACCUACAAGCAAUAUACAUUUAAUAUUCACCAGGUACAUGUACCAGCCUACUAUAUUUGAUAAAUAAAUGUACUUCUUUCAUGCCUUUUACUCAUUGUUAUAUGUAUUAUUUAUAAUUAAAAUACAUUGAAAACUUU